CCUCCUCCUCUGUAGGAGGACUGGUUUUCCUAUCAAGAAGCAAAGGAGUCCAGCACACGUACUGACUUCAUCUUGCUUUCUUUAAAAGCACUCCUUGUCUGCAUGUAGUGUAAAUGAUCAUCUGAAAUACAGUCACUUACAAAGAUAAUCAGCACCCGUGAACCUGACAAAAAGUAUCAUUCCCCAUCUAACCAUGUUAGGGAGAAGACAUUUAACAGGGAAGUUGAGGAGAAAACCAGUAAAUUACAACUCAGAAACUGGCUUUUCCUUCAACAGGAACUGAAUGUACUUGGCCUGUUGGACCAGAUGGCAGCAACACUUCUUACGUGAGGGCUUUCCUACCCUCUUACAGUGCACUUGGAAAUGGCCCUCUUCGAGGAUAGUCUUGCUGCUUGUCUUCAAAGAGAAAACAAUUAGGCUCUGGGGGGUGAGUUUUAUAAAGCAAAUAACUGCAGCUUUUUUUUUUUUUUUUUUUUCCCUGGUGAGCAUAGGAAAACUCACUAACAACAGGAUCUUUUGAUCCCUUGCUGGCAUUCCUGACUUUUCAGUGAACUGUGAUUUCAGUUGUAAGAUUUUUGUCUGCAUACUGUAAUUUUGUCUGUGGUUCCAAGCAAUUGGUUAGGGGACUUUUUUUUUUUUUUUUUUUAAUUUAACACAAUCCUGUAUACCAGUACUGUCAGGACUGUCAAAACACUUCACUUCCGUCAUUCACCAUACUACAGAAGUCUUUAUGGAUGAGCCCUGAGCGUUUUGGAGUUGAUCUUCCCUGGCUCUGUUUGCUUCCUGUAUGAAAGUGCAGCCUGGAUGGAGUAUAAGGGAUUAAUAACUUUGGGCUUUCUUUGAAGAUUUUGGAAAAAAAGCUCACUAAGACUGCAAAAGAAUAGCUGAAAGAGAAGCUUUAGUUUUAAAGCUAAACUUGUAGCUAGAAUAUAUACCUAGUAGAUGGGUGUGGGGUUGUAAAUGCAAACACUGCUGAUAGUUCAGAAAUGUUUAUGGCACUGUUGGCACAAGAAUGAGAGAUGAUGAUCUAAUUGUGAAUACGCUUUGGCUGGAAAUUGGGCACCUUUGGAUGUAUCAGAGUAACAAUUCUGGAAUAACCUCCCUGCAUGAGUGAAAAAGGGUAAGUGAUGUGAAAAACAAAGCUUGACCUAAUAAUAGAAGCAACUACGCUGACCAGGAAGACAAUGUCAAUCUGUUUUGUUCCUUCUGCACGUGCUUUCCCCUGAAGUUAGGUGAACAAGAAUACUGGUUCUUUCAUUCUGUCUACCGUUAAAAAUAAAUCAAUCAAACUGUAAGCUGCCCCUUUGGAGAGGCAAUGAGAAACCUACCAAAAAAUGCCUCUUCUGGCAUGUUCUAGAAACCAGUUCUAGUAUACUGUGUAUACUACUUGCAUUCUUUUUCUUUUUUUUUUUUUCUUCUACUUGACCCUCUUGGAUCAGAUGCUGCCAUCUCUAUAAGGGAAGAAAUAUUAUUUAUUCAGCAUGUGCAGCAGUUCGAUAGUAGUAUAACCUCUUGUUAGUGUCCUUUCCCUCCUCUGCAACAGUGAUAACACUGAAAGCUCCUUUAGCAAAGGCAGGGAUGCUGCAGUAAGAAGUUGACUCAGGAGCUACUCUGCCACUAUCUUUGUCUUGUAGGUGACAUCUAGAGCUGCUUUCAGGACACACCCAUGGCCCUGGUAUCUUGCCAGAGGUGCUUGGGUUGUUGGGAACUGCUCUGAGGAUGGAUGGAGAAAGAGAGGGUGGGGUUGGCAGGCAGAGCUUGUGGAGGCGGGGAGCAAAACAAGAGGAGGAAACGAAAGGGGGAGGCCGAGUGACGCGGAGGAUCCAGCCGGUGCCACGCUGCAGGGCCAUGACGCAGCCCAGAGCCUGUCAGGAGCAGGAAGAUGGUUUGCGUGAAGUGUCUCUCUCUACCCAGAGGCUGCGUGUGCUGCCCCCAGCAGUACUGAGCAACCCCGUGCUGGAGAGCCUUGACCUUGACAGGAACAAGCUCAGGAGCAUCACUGGCAUUUCUAAGCUUUGCAACCUGAAGAAGCUGAUACUGUCUAAGAAUGAGAUUGUGGACUUUCCCAAUGAAAUCCAGAGCCUGGUCUGUUUAGAGAAACUUGAGCUGAACCAGAACCAAAUCCGGGUCAUCCCAGAGGGGGUUUUCUCCCAUCUCCCCAGGCUUAAACACUUGCGACUGAACAACAACCGUCUCAGUGCCCUCCCUAGGGACCUGGCAGCUUGUCAAGGCAGCCUCCAGUACCUCAACAUCUCCAACAACCUGUUCCGUACCUUCCCCCAGCCUGUCCUGCAGCUGGCACACCUACAGGAGCUCCAUGUGCAGAAUAAUGCCCUUCGCCAGCUCCCCAAGGACCUCUUCCAGGGGCAAUCCCUGAAAAUGUUCAAGGCCAAUGGGAACCCCCUCCGGGAGCCGCCCAGUGAAGUGUGUGCUGGUGGCAUCCAGCAGAUCCGGAAUUACUUCAGCCAGCUUCAACAUGGUUCAGGGCAGGAGGACAAGAGGGUCAAGACCAUGUUCCUGGGGGCCUCGCUGGCGGGGAAGUCCACCAUCUGCAAAAGCCUGAAGCAAGGGCAAACCAAACUGGUGCCCAUGGAAGAACGAACAGUUGGGAUAGAGAUCAGCGAGUUCCAGAUCGAGGAUUUCACAUUUCUCUUCUGGGACUUCGCUGGCCAGCUGGAGUACUACGUGACUCACCAUGUGUUCAUCACCCCACAGGCGCUUGUCAUCCUUGUCAUCAAUCUCCACAUGUACCAAACUAACGACAAGAUUUUCAAGGAGCUCGUUGGUUUCUGGAUCAACAACCUGUUCAUGCGAGUCCCAAACUCAGUGGUGCUUCCUGUGGGAACCCAUGUGGACUGCUGCCGGAAGGAGGAGGUGGACGAGAAGAGGCACGACAUCAUGGCCAAGAUUGUGGCCAUGCUGGCAGAGAGAAAAAGCAACCUUGCUCACUUCAUUGACAACCUGGAGGGCAGCAAGGAGCCCGAGUUUUACGUGGACCAGUGGGAGAGGCUGAAGGAGAUGGAGAGCUGCACAUUAACCAUCUUAAACUUAGUUGCUGUCAACUGCAGAGAUCACCGUGAUAUCAAAAAGCUUGAAGCCACUAUUCUGGAGUAUGUGAAGAAUGAGGAGCUCUUCCCUGAGGUCGUUCGAGUGCUGCCACCCGUCUACAGGCAGGUGGAAGCUGCCAUUGUAGAUAUUGCACAGAGCGAGGAAAUGGCAGACCAUGGCAUGAUGGACCUCCAGUAUCUGCUCAGCAAACUCUCCCAGUGGGAGCACCUGGCCAACCUGGACAGAGAGCUUCUCCAGGACAUCUUGCGGUACCUCCACCGCAUCGGGCUUGUUGUGUGGUACGAGGAAAUCAAGCACCUGGAAAGCACGGUUUUUCUCCAGCCUACCUUCCUAAUAACUAUGUUCAAGCUCCUUGUGAGGUACCAUCUAGUCCAGCAGCUCGAGAGCAUCUCCGUGGACACGCUGAUUGGGGAACAUGCUACCAUCAGAGACAGGUCCAACUGGGUGUGGACCUUCAAGUCAAAGGCAAUGCUGUGCCACCGGGCCGUGCGUGCCUUGGUGAAGCACCAGCUCUGUUUGGAAGGGAUGCGGGAUGUCUUUGAGGAAAUCAUGGGACACAGGCCUCACAGAGGGAGAGGGAAGCUCUUCAACCUCCUGGAGCACUUUGAGCUCUGCCUGGAGGUGAGGCAUGCUGAAGUGCUCAACCCACAGGCCAGUGAGUUUGUGCCCGGGAAGCCAUGGGAGACAACGCGGGGCCAAGGCGAGUCCUGGUACUUGUUCCCAACCUAUCUGAACCAGACUGAAGAGGUCUCUGAGGUGUGGGGAGGAGAUCACCCCGAGGACCUCCACAUCCGUGCCUACUUCUCACCUGAAAUACCUGAGGGUUUCUUCCAGAGGUUCCUGGUGAAAGUCUGCUCCUUCUACUCCACGCACUGGGUGGCCAAGGCGACCUGCCUGCUCGUAUGCAAUGGCAAACCUCUGCUGAUCAAAGAGAAUAAUCAGAGGGCCUACAGCUACCUGGAGCUCCGGUGCAGAAAGCCAGCAGGAAGGACAGGUUUCCAGUUUGCCUGGGACUUCCUCAUGGCAGUUGUGUUCAUCAUCCAGAAGCUUGCCAAGGAGUGGCCGGGGCUGCACGUUUGUGUGAAGAGCCCCUGCCGAACAGCCGGCUGUCCUGCGGAGCUCAUCUGGCCGGACAUGGAUGGCACAAACGGCAUGACGAAGGAAGACAUUAAAACCUGUGGGACAUGCGGGCACCGCUUUGGCACAGAGCUGCUCCUGCCCAAAGUGCCCAGGCAGCUGGAGGAGCCCCCCGUGCAGCCCUCUGCUCACUAUUAUGUGACAAGCUAUGGGACCACCACCUUUGGGUCCAGCAGCAUUCACGUCAAUCAGCAGAACAUCUCAAGCAAGUAACUCUGGGCCAGCAGAGAGGUGCUCAGCGAGGAAGGAAGAAUUUUUUUUUUUUUAGCCAAAGCCAAGCUGUCCUCAACACACUUUGCUUGCAAG